UGUAUCUUCAAGUACAUUUCCUCCCACCCCUACCGUUACGGUCAACUCAGAUUCUCACCUUCCUUAUCAUGAAGAUUCUGUCCUGGGAAGUACCACGAGAAGCAGAUAAGAUCGGAGUUCGAGGUUUGGACGGCCUUCGUGAAUCUGAUUUUCCAAAAUGAGGGUCCCUUAGUUAAUUGUCUUCAACUUCCCCCGUCAAGGCACCACUUGUACUUUUCAAGACGGUAAUGGCAGAAAAGCCAGCAGAUUUUCAAAAUGGCCUGGAACCUCCCCGUCGCUAUUAUGGCGCGUAUCUCAAACCCACUUGCUCUAGUGCUGUCUGUCCUGUACAACGAGCUCGUAAUUGCCUUUGUGAUCGCGGGGCGCCCGUCGGUGUCAGCACGUUACGUCCUGUUUUCCUCCCAGUUUCUUGUAUCAUGGAAGGCGACGGGCAUUCUGACCGCAAACGACACAUUUCGGGACUAUGGAAUAGGCAGUGGAAUAUACGCCGCCUCUCUGUUCACAUCAAUACACUUUUUCUUUCUAUCCGAGCCCCUAGCCGAUGGUACCAGGCAUGUCAAUGACAUGCAGGAUCCAAAAGACAUGCCGUUUUGGAAAAGAUUCUGGUGGGCUUUGUGCCUUCGGACAUCGAUUCGCGGCGUAGGUUGGAGCAAUCAGUUGCCACACAUACCUCCUACUUCGAAGCAAUCACGCUGGCGCUUUCUUUCGCGGUGCCUUCGUGACGCUGUCAAUUAUAUCCUUAUCCUCGACAUUGCGGGAACAUACAUAAUACACAACCCAAUAUUUUCCUCCCGUGCGAAAGAGGCGCUGCCAAUCACUUCCCAGGGCAUUUUUCUACAAGCCAUCAAUGUAUGGGCCUGGUGGACCAACUUGUAUGCAUCGCUCCAGGCGCUGUAUUCUUUAAUUGCCGCCAUUUGCGUCGGUUCGGGUAUGUCGGAGCCACAAUUUUGGCCGCCAAUGUUCGGGAAACUGCAUGAUGCAUAUACGCUCCGUCGCACAUGGGGUCGUGUUUGGCAUCAAAUAUUACGUCGCUUUGUCACAUCUAUCGGAAAGGUCACUGCCAAAGUGCUUGGGUUCCCUCCUGGAACAAAACUCUCAUCGUAUACCCAACUUUACAUUGGAUUCUUCGUUUCCGGCAAUGUACAUGCGUGGGGUGAUCGUAUGGCGGGGUCAAAAUUUGGCCGUUCCAUACUAUGGUUUCAGCUACAAGCCGUCGCAAUCACAGUCGAAGACGCUGUUAUCGUACUGGGAAGGAGAGUAGGAUUCCGGGACCAUAUUCUGUGGCGGACGGUGGGGUUGUUGUGGGUGGCAACAUGGUUCGUGCUUACCACGCCGAUGUUAACGGCUGUCAUUACGAAUGCCGCACAACCGCUUCACCCAACUCUACCGUUUUCGCCACUUCUGGGAAUGCGUUGGUGGCUCUGGACAGUAUACCUUGAGGGGUAACGUGCGUUGUAUUCAGCAGCGCCACUAUAUCCGGAAUUUCAAUGGUAUCAGCGCCAUUUUGAAUUACUUUAGACAUCCUCGUCAUAGGCGAAUCAUAAUGGUAUCUCUGCUGAGGUAGUAUGUUUUCACAACACGAAAAUAUUAAUAUCGGAAUAUUUAUAUGUAGCAGUGCAGCGUCGAAAAGAUGGAACACAUAGGGUGUAUUAGCUGCCUAAACUGGAAGUCAACUUCAGCACU